GGGAGUGGAGGAAGAAGACGAGCUGGGCUGGCUGCGGGAGGAGGAGGGGCCGAGCCUCCAGCGUCGGAAGCAGCGGCCGCCUUUGCCUGCUGCAAGGAAGCUCCCUUUGGGGAAGGUCGCUGGGGCUUACUUCGGAGCAGACGGGCGUGGGGUGGUAGGAGACAAGCCCGGAGUCUUAGGUAUAAUAAGCACACGGCCACAGCCACAGCCUUCAAGGGGGCUCCCUUCCGAGGAGAAGUAGAAAUGGCCAGGACUGUGCAGGGCUGGUAACAACGCGGGUUGUCCUGCUCAAAAGGAAGCCCCGUUAAGGCAGAGGCUUACAACCGGUGCCAGCGCACAAACCUCACAAAAGCUAGCGGGGUCUACUCCCGAGUAAGCGUGCACCAGCCGUGGAAGGGGAAACUGCACAUGUUUUAAAGGCUGCGAUUCGGUGGACGCUUAAGCCAAUGGGACCUGUUCCUUAACUUCACACGUUCACAUUCUAAAGGCAUUCAGGGCGCACUUAUUGCGCCCGCGCGCCCCUCUUUCCAGCAGACCAGCAUGGCUGGGCGGGGACGGUCCGCGCCUAACACGCGCCACUUGGCUCCGCCAUCGUCGCCUCACGCCCCUCUCUGCAGCCAAUCGUUGAGCGUCCUGGGGGAGGAGCCGAGCUAGUCCUCCCCCAAGUCGUCAGCUUGUCUUUAGUAUGUUACGGGCUGAAUUGUCCAACUUGUUCUCCGUGUAGCGGAGAGCUGCCCAGUGGCCAGGAGAGGGGGGCGGGGGGAGGGAACCAAAGCAAAAUGAAAUCUAUCGGCGCGGCUCGGUCUUGUCUCUCUCAGAGGUUUCGCUGGUGUGUAAGAAGUCAGCAGCAUAGUCCCUGGCAAAGAAGGGAAAAGAAAUACCGAAAUUCUCAGGAGCCACAGUUUUGGGGUGAUCUUCUACUGUUUAGAAAUUCAAAGAGUUCCUUAAAAAAUACCAUUCUUGGGAAAUGCCCAGCUGUUACCCAGGAUAGGACAGUCUCCCGAUUGCUUUUCAAAUUGUCCUGCUUUAAAGCAGAACCAGUUCUUAAGAUGUCAAGUACUAUGACCUCCUGGAGUAUCAUCUCGGCAAGAAACAUUAUCUCCACUUUGCAUGGAAAAGGACGUUUGUAUUCCAGGUGCUUUUCGAGCCAGAACAAAGUAGCAUGGAGGGGUUUGCUUGCCAAAGACUCCUUUUCUUCUUUCCUGUCAAGUUGCAGUUGCGGCAUGGACAGCAUCUUCACUGUGAGAAAAGCUUUCAGACACACCUCCACAGAAGAAGAAGACUUCUCCUUCCACCUGACACCAUCACAGAUAAAUGAAAUCUUAAGGGCUAAUGAGUUGUCCUAUACAGUACCUGAAUUUGAUGGGAAGAACCCGAGCUCAGUGUUGAAAUUUGAGAGUAACCACUUGGCUGCCAACGCCCCAAGUGAAGACCGUAGAAGUGCAGCUACAUGUUUGCAGACCAGAGGGAUGAUGUUUGGAGUCUUUGAUGGCCAUGCAGGCUAUGCUUGUGCACAGUCGGUCAGCGAGAGGCUGUUUUUUUACAUUGCUGUUUCUCUUCUGUCUCAACAAACGCUGCAAGAAAUUGAGUCUGCCAUGGAGUCCAUGAAACCAGUUCUGCCCAUUCUGCAGUGGCACAAGCACCCCAACGACAGGUUCUUUCAUGAGGUCGCCCCAAUGUAUUUGGAGCAGCUCAGAGUUUAUUGGCAAGACUUGCUGAACCUGGACAUGGAGCCAUGCCAUACUAAGAAGGAUGCACUGAUCUAUGCAUUUAAAAGGCUGGAUUCUGAUUUCUCUUUGGAAGUCCAGGCUCCCACAGAAAACGAAUUGGUAAGGAACAUAGCUCUUCAGGUGGCUUUCUCGGGCGCAACAGCAUGUGUGGCUCACAUCGACAGUGUUAAUUUGCAUGUUGCAAAUACUGGUGACUGUAGAGCAAUUCUAGGGGUUCAAAAUAAAGAUGGGAUGUGGUCCGCCCUCCCUCUUACUCAAGACCACAAUGCCUUCAACAAACUGGAAGCUUUAAGGUUAAAAAGUGAACACCCGGCCUCUGAAGAGGAUACUGUCAUUGUGAACAACAGGUUGCUGGGAGUUCUUAUGCCCUCCAGAGCUUUUGGAGAUGUCAGAUUUAAGUGGAGCCAGGAACUUCAACAGAGUGUGCUAGGAAAUGGUUGCAACACGGAGGCUUUAAACAUUUAUGAGUAUGCACCGCCAAACUAUCAUACACCUCCUUAUUUAACUGCAGAACCUGAAGUCACGUACCACAAAAUAAGAAAGCAGGAUAAGUUUUUAGUGAUUGCUUCGGAUGGGCUGUGGGACAUGUUGAGUAAUGAAGAGGUGGUCAAGCUGGUUGCCACGCAUCUGCUUGGAGACAGUGCCCAGAAAACGCCACUUGCUUUUAAGAAACCAGCCAACCUAGGUUACAUGCAAAACUUCCUUCUUCAGAGGAAGGGCAGGCACAUCCGCUCCUAUGACCACAACGUGGCUACCCACCUCAUCCGAAAUGCCAUUGGCAAUAAUGAAUAUGGAGAGAUUGAUCCAGAGAGGCUCAUGGCAAUGCUGACGCUUCCUGAUGAUGUAGCACGGCUGUAUAGGGAUGACAUCACGGUUACUGUGAUAUAUUUUAAUUCAGAUAUAAUUGAAGGUUACUACAGAGAUAACGAAUAAUGGACUUGUCUUUAUGAACCGUACAUGUUCUGUGGACCACUAGGGAUUUAAAAAAAUAUUAAAUCCCUAGCAAUACCAUUGUGCAGAAACUCUCCCUGUCUUGUCUUCAGAAGUCUUAUAGUGGCUCUUUUAAUGAAGAAUUCAUGUGAAAAUUCUAAUAGCCUGCUUUAAUUAAAACAGCUGCCCCCAACUAUCUAGACAUUUUGGGACUACCAAUUUCUAUCAUCCCCAGCUGGUAAAGACCUGCUGGAUGGGGCUGAUGUGAAUUAUAGUCCAGAACACCUGGAGGGUCCCAGGUGGGGGGACAGCUGGGGUAAAGCAAUGCAAAAUUAUUUAUUUUAGUAGAACAAGGAUUGUAAGACAUCCUGGGCGGAAAGGGCAUCCUUGUGCCAAGGUGGAUGAGAGUGAAAUAUGCUGCUUGUUAAUCAAAGCCAUAAACUCAAGUGGUCAAAUAUCAUUGCCAUUGAAAUUCAUGGCAAAUUUCUCUGUGAACUGAGAGCACUUACACUGAACAAUAUUAGAAAAAUGCGCUAGAAUGGUGGACAGCACUUUUCCUUUGAAGGCUAAGUUGCAAGAUAGCCAUGAAUGCAAAUACUGUAUGGCAGGUGAGGAGGGGCUUGGUCUAGGUGUGCCCCCAGCACUGAUUGUUUCCAUGGGAAAGUCUGCUAGGUACUAUUCUGGUACAAGAUUUUUUGAAAUGCAUAGUAGCUGAACAAAAGGGGCACAUAUUAGAAAACUGUCUUAGGAAAUCAUGCAUAUUUCACUAAGACUCACUUCCAAACCAGCAUGAUAAAUCCUUUGCAUUUAUUCCUGUAGGGAACAUUUGUUUCACAAAGCAGUGUAGCCAUUUAAAAUAAAAUGUCAGUUUGAUUGGCUCUCCUACUCAGCUUCCUGCAGCGCCCUAUUUAAAAUAUGAAAACUAGCUUUCUUCUUAUUCUGACUGUGAGAUUGUUUAUGCACUAGACUAAUUGCUGCUUGAGCGCAUUUAUACUGCACUACAGGGAUUCAAAUCUCUUGCUGACUGCUUCUGCUGCCAUAGUACCAAUUGUAUAUGUGCCUCAGAGCUUCUCAAGCCUAUGGAAAUGUUGUCCUUUUUAAAAUACCUCAGAAGCAAUUGCUACUUUUAGUUAUGUUGCACCCUUGCAAAGCAUAUGGCUGAAUACUUCUAGUUUUCAGAAAGUAUCCUUUCUAAUACCUUUUAACGUGUCUGGGCAUCUGGAUCUGCUAUCAGUGCAACUCAUGUCUUUUGAAAUAAAUCAUUACCAGUGGAAGCUAACUAUUUUGGCUCGGUGGGGAACGUAUUAUUUUAAUAGCUUAAAAAUUAUACAAUGAUCUUUUUUGUUUUCAUUUUAAGAAAAGAUGGCUGAAGUUUUGUUUGUAGGCUAUAUGGAAAUGAAGUCUUGAAUCUUCAUACAGUGCUCAUUGUUUUAUGCAUAUUGAAUCUUUGUGAAGAAUGCUUCCUAAAGAGCCUUUAUUUAGAGUUCUGUAUAGUUUGAAUCCUGCUUUCAGAUAAGACCUUACCUUACCAACUGCUCACUUGAAAUCCAAUUCAUAGUUAACAAUUGCAUCCUUCAUUCAAAACCAUCAGAUAAAGGCACAUUUAAUACACUUCAGUCUAUCGCUUAAAGAAUACAAUGGCUUUGUACUAGGCAAUGACCAAUCACACAGGUGGAAUUUUCCACUCUGCGAAUCAAAAUUGGGACUUGUUUGGAGGCCACAUCUGACAGUACAAAUUUCAGGAGUAAAGCCCAAGGAAUUAAAAUUUUAAAUGUCAUGCUCUGUACAAAGAAAUGUGGGCAGGUUGGGUGAAUGGCAUGAGCGACAAUUCAUGACUUAGUUUUGAUGUGGAUUAGAAAUAAGUUUUGUCUCUUUCCAAGUGAUAAAACUUGAGGCUUGCAGGAAUGCCUUAACUGAAAGCAGAAGAAAGUGAGUAAGAGGAGAACUAGGAAGGAAGGAAGUGGGUGUCAUUCACAACAUGUAUUCAGUUCUGUAGAAUUUUAACACUUUUUAUUUUGGAAUCAAUUUCUAAAAAGUAUAUUAUAAUUCGAAAGUAUGCUUUUUCUGCCAGCACUUUAAAACCAAACUACUCUGCCUGGUUUUGCACACAGACAGGACUUAAAUCAUAAAAUAUUGCUGGAUCUGAAUGCAUGUCUAGGCAUUACUUAGCAAUUGACCUGAGUAUUGUGUAAGAUCUGCAUCAAAUGUGAGGAGUGAUAUCCUUUUAGCAGAUGCAGAUUCUAGCUUCAAGUACAAUCUCUAAUACCUGAGUAGAAGGGUUUUCUUAUCAUUUUAGUCAAUUGUGCAUAAGUAAGAUUGCUAAAAAUGAGGCUCUUUCAUGUCAGCUUCAAAAGAAAUGGUGUGUGUUAUUUAAACACACUAACCUUUUAAAAAAAUGUUUACGAAGAUUGUGUUGAACUGUACUUGUUAACCGGCAAUUACUGUUUAAGAGACCACAUUUGUGGGGUUUUCCUGUAAAAACAGACUUAGCAUGUAUUUAUAACUGCUGUAUGCCUGCUAUAAUUUAGAGUGUGAAAAUUAAUAUUUAGAAAUUGUUUAACAAAUAUGCACAUUAUGCAGUUGGCUGCACAUUCUACUCUUUCUGUAGCUGCAGCGAUACAGUUGAUUGCCAUUAACUACUGUGCUUCUGAGGCAACUUGUGAAAUUCCUCAGGCUGCUGUUACUUUUCAGGAGCAUGUGACUUAUAGCUUUCCCAAGUGUCAAUAUGACACUUCAUUACAUGCUUUUGUUUCUGAUCUAAACACAACUCCUUGCUGGCUUACCCUCCUGGUGUAGCUGACCCAUUGAAUCAGUUCGAAGCACCUCUGCUAAAUAAAUGUAUGUUUCUGUUCCAUCAAUUUGGAUCAUGUCCAGUCCCACCUGAAGUCCUUUGCCUGUUAUUUGAUUCGUGAUUCGUUCCUGUUAUUUCUUUUUCACUUGCCCAUAACUCUGUCACUGACAAUAUCUUACCCAUCAAAUUUCCUUGCUUGCUCCAUCUAUUCUGUAAUAGCUCCUCUGUGAUCAAGCUCCUGUCCUUCUUGUGCUCCUGUUUCUGUGACUUCUGUCAUGCUAUCACCUGUCAGCAGUAUAAAACAAUGUCUUGAUUCACACCUAAUGCUACACCAUGGUUUAUUAAGCUAGAGUUUAUUAAAACAUGGCUUAGCAUGUGUUAAUCCUGGCCAGCGGCUUAACUGGUGUUUCUACUACCAACAAACUACAAUCUUAAGCCAUGCUUUAUUGUUGGCUUAUAAAUCUUACUUUGUUUUAACUAUGGCUUGCCAUUACACAGCAGCCUUAACUAUGGUUUGUUUGACCACCAUACACCCCCAAACACUAGUCAAACUACAAAGGCACAAGGCAAGAGCAACAUUGGUGAAACAAACCACAGUUUCUUUGAUCAUGUGUGGGACAAGCCAUUGUAAACCUGCAGUUUGUGCAACAAACCAUGGCUUAAACUAAUUAUGGCCGAGUGUUAUGUGUUAACCAGGCCAAUGACUUCCUUGUUUGACAAGCCUACUUCCUGUCUCCUAAAGCCUUCCUCAAAACUAGUUUUACCAAACAAUUUCAAAAAACAUAAGCUGGUCCAUGUUGCCCAGUGUUGUCUGCUCCAUCAGUGGUUUUCUAGGGUUUUUCUCAGCCCUCUUUUGAGAGCACUUUUAACAGAAGAGAUGCUGGGGAUUGAACCCAAAACCUUACACAUGCAAAGCAUAUACUGUACCACUUAGCUAUGGACUUUCCACCUCUGUUGUCUUGCUCUUCACCACCUCAUUUACUGCUUUUCUUGGUCUGUUCGUGAUCUUUUCUCCAUUUCUGUAUACUGCAGUGUCUUUAUUGCACAGUAUAAAUUCUAUGCAAGGAUGUCAUUUUUGUGCUGUAUACACCUAAAUAUUUAGUAAUGCAAGCAGAUACAGCAUAAGAAAAUAAGAGCAGCCCUGCUGCAUCAAACCAAAGGCCCAUCUAGCACAAGCAGGGUCCAGCCAGGUACUUCUGGGAAGUUUGCAAACAAGAAGAGUGCAAUUGCCACCUCUUGUGUUGUGCCUGGUAUUCAGAGCCAUGCUAUGUCUGAUACUGGAGAUAAUAUACAGCCAUUAUAACCAGUAACCAUUGAUAGCCUUGUCAUUCAUGAACCUGUCUAAUUCUUUAAAAAGCAGCCUUAAGUUGAUGCUCAUUGCUGCAUCUUGCGGCAAUGAAUCCCAGAGUUUAACUAUGUGCUAUGGGAAGUACUUUCUUUGGUCUGUCUCAAAUCUUCCAACAUUCAGCAUCACUGGAUGACACGAGGUUCUAAUAUUAUGAGAGAAGGAGAAAAACUCCACUUUCUCUAUACUGUUCAUACUUUUAACGCACCUCUGUCAUGGCCUCAUUCACCUUUUCUUCCUAAACUAAAAGCACCAGAUGCUGGAACCUUUCCUCAGCUGCAUACACAUCAUACAUUUAAAGCAAAAGACUUUCCCCAAAGAUCCCUGGGAACUGAAGUUUUUACCCCUUACAGAGCUUCAGUUCCUAGCACCCUUAACAAACUACAGUUUCCAGGAUUCCUUGGGGGAAGCCAUGCACUUUAUAUGUUCUUUAAAUGUACGGUGUGUACACAGCCCUCAUAAAGGAGUAGUUCCAGACCCCUGAUAAUUUUGGUUGUCUUUUUCUGUAUCCUUUUUUUCCAUUCUACAAUAUCUUUUUUGAGAUGCGGUGGCCAAAACUGUACAUUGAAUUCUAAGUACAGUUGAACCAUAGAUCUUUAUAAAGGUAUUGAGAUAAUGGCAGUUUUAUUUUCAGUCCCUCAGAGGCAGGUUUAGAGGAGCGUGACUGGUUCAGUCGCACUGGGUGCAGAGCCUAGAGGGCACCACAACUAUUAUUUAGAAUGGAGCAUGAGAGGCAGGGGGCAAAUUUUGGCGUUGCACAGGGUGCCGCUGAAAUUUGUGACCCCAAGGUCCACCACUGAAUCCCUUUCCUAACGAUUCCUAGCGUAGAAUUCAGUUCACCUUUUCUUCACACCUGCUGCAUAUUGGCUCAAUGUAUUUAUUGAGCUAUGAAUUACAACGUUAGUCGCUUUCCUUGUUAGUCACAACUGGUUCAGAUGGUGACACUAAGCUGCAUAACUCCAAUUCUGCAGGGAACAGGAGUUGCACAAUUCGCACAAGAAAUGUUUCCAGUAUAUUCUGCUCUCAUAAUCCAUUGUUGCUUAAAAUCAACUAGGAGAAAAGGUUAUAUUUUCAACAACAUUAUGUAGCAAAGAACAACAAUUCAAGUGCAGAAAUCAACAUUUAUCAACUUGAUUGCAAUACUGCUGAUGUGCCUGUUGCAAGGGGAAAUAUAUUUUAUGUAAAUUUCUAUUUUAAAAUGUUGGCUAUUAUACUGGUAGCGUUAAGCUAGAAUGUUAGUGCUCUGGUUUGCAAAGCUGAAGAGAAAAUAUGAUUAAAUGUGUAUACUUAAUAUAUUUACAUACUUUUCUAAAUUGUAAAUAUUGUACAUUUGGGAAUAAAGGUAUAUACCGGUAAUUGGGACACAA